AUGGAGUUUGUUCAGUUAGGAGAAAGAUUAGGAUUAACAGGUGAAGAUUUAAGAGAAUUUGUAGAUAAGAAGGAGAAAGAGAAAUUUGAGAGAGAUGAAAGAGCAGUAGAAAGAGAAGCAAGAAAGAUAGAAAGAGAGAUUGAGUUAGAAACGAUUAAGAGAGAGACUGAGUUGCAAAAAUAUAGAAAUUCAGAAAUAACUGCUGUAAAUGCUGAGGCAAUGGCUCAGGUUUCAAACUCUCGUGCUAAACUUCCAAAGUUACCUGUAUUUGAAGAGAGUAAAGACUGUAUUGAUUCGUACUUGCAGAGAUUUGAACGAUUUGCAGCUAACGCAAAGUGGGAGGAGUCUAUUUGGGCCAUCAAUCUCAGUGCCUUGUUGAAGGGUAAAGCUCUGGAAGUUUACUCAAGAUUACCGGCAUCUGAAGCUUUGAAUUACAGAGCAUUGAAGCAGGCACUACUUAAGCGAUUCCAGUUGACAGAGGAAGGUUUUCAUUCGAAGUUCCGUACUUCAAAACCAGACCAAGAAAGACACCCAGGAAAUGUAGAAGAUAUGUCUAAUCUUGCGGAUCAGUUCAUUGAAGCACAUGGCUAUUCUUCCUUCAUGAAAGAUGUUCAAGUUUUUCAGAAAACAUAUCCCAGUGAAGUCCAAAAAGGUCUUAGCAACCGCAACCAGAAUCAGGUGUCUAAACGGCAGUCUGAUCCUCAGCAGACGAAGGAAAGAAAAUGUUACAUAUGUCACAAACCAGGGCACCUUGCGAAAGACUGUUAUUCGAAACAAAGUGUGCAUCGUCCAAAGGAGAAGCCUCAUGUUGGAUCGGCAUGCAAGCUGAUGGAAUGCUGCGUGGAAAAUGGUCAGGUAAAGUUAGCCUGCGGACACAUUCUUCCAGUUGUGGGUGGUGCUUGUCAGGUAUGUGAUGCUAUGCCUGUAUUAAUGGGUUAUGUUGGUGAAAGCUAUGUGAAAGUACUCAGAGACAGUGGUUGUAGUGGAAUUGUUGUUAAACGUGACCUUGUGAAAGAUACCGAGUUAACAGGGAAGGUGCAGAAGUGUGUGUUGAUAGAUGGUACAGUUAGGCAGGUAGAGGAAGCAGUCAUUGACGUUGAUACUCCUUUCUAUGUAGGCAAGGUACAUGCAUUGUGUAUGAAAGAACCAGUGUAUGAUCUCAUUAUAGGAAAUGUAGAGGGCGUAAGAAACCAUUCUGAUCCAGAUCCACUGUGGCAAAGAAGAGAAGAUAGAGAAACCCACUUGCUUCAAGCUGUGCAGACCAGAAGUCAGAAAGUAAGAGAAGAAAAAGGUAUGAAGAAACUUAAGGUUAAAGAUUCGAUAGAUAUUGAUGUCAAUGUGGAUAAAAUGAAAGAAUUACAGACGACUGAUGAAUCCUUGAGUGCCUACAGAAAUCUUGCAAAGUCUGGUAAGAAGAAACAUUUUGGUGAUGGUAUCGUUUCGUGGUUUUCUGUGGACAAGGGACUAUUAUACAGAUAUUUCCAGUCGUUCAAGGUCAGUGACAAUAAAACAUUCAAGCAACUUAUUAUUCCCGAAUCUCUUAGACGCAAAGUGAUGACCAUCGCCCACGACAGUAUUCUGGGAGGACACUUAGGGACGAAGAAGACAGUUGACCGCAUAUCAUUAAGCUUCUACUGGCCAGGAAUUCAAGGUGAUAUCAAAAGAUAUUGUCAAUCCUGUGAUGUAUGUCAACGGACCUUUCCAAAAGGAAAAGUGACAAAAGUUCCAUUGGAGAAGAUGCCUUUGAUCGACACUCCGUUCGAGAGAGUAGCAGUUGAUCUGGUAGGUCCUAUGGCACCAGUUACUGAAAAAGGUAACCGAUAUAUAUUAACUGUUGUUGAUUAUAGCACCAGAUAUCCAGAGGCGAUUCCUUUGAAAGGCAUAGAGACGGAGAGAGUAGCAGAAGCACUUGUAGGUAUUUUCAGCAUGAUGGGUAUACCGAAAGAAAUCCUUACUGACAUGGGCACCCAGUUCACAUCAAACGUCAUGAAAGAGGUUAGUCGCCUUUUGUCAAUUAAACAGCUAGUAACAACGCCUUAUCAUCCUUCAUGUAAUGGUUUAGUGGAGAAGUUUAACGUACUCUAA